AUGAUCGCCCAAAAACGCGGCCCCCCUGCAGCCAACCCGUCUCACCUGUUGCCCAGCGAGCUCAUCGACCGCUGCAUCGGGUCUCGCAUCUGGGUGAUCAUGAAGGGCGACAAGGAGAUUGUGGGCACCCUGCGCGGCUUUGACGUGUACGUGAACAUGGUGCUGGAGGAUGUCGCGGAGAUCGAGAUCACGCCAGAGGGCCGCAUCAUCAACCGCCUCGACACCAUCCUGCUCAACGGCAACAACAUCGCCGUGCUCGUGCCGGGCGGGCAGCCGGACGACCUCGCUUGA